UCAGAAUAUAUAACUAAUAAAAACCAGAAGCUUUAUUUCAAGUCUCUCUCUUUUCAACCUUUAAACCCUGAUUUCUGUGAUCUAUCUAUCUCUCCAUUGUCAGGGUUCCUACGAAAUCUUGAUUCUUGACUCACCCAUCUCUUUCUUUCUAUCAAAGGACCAUAUGGCCAGCCCUGCUGAGAGAAGUGAGUGUGAAUGGAUAGAAAGAAUCAAAGCAGAUGGGGCUGUGCCGCUACUUGAACCAGAAAAUUGUCCAAAUGGUUGGGCUUCCCCACCAGGAGACAAAUUCAUGGUGAGAGGUCCAGAUUACUUGACAAGCAAGGUUAAAAUCCCUGCCGAAGAAUGCCUUCUAAAGCCUCUUGGAUUUGACUGGAUUAAAGGUUCUACCAAGAUUGGGGAGAUUUUGAAGAAUCCAAAUAGCCGUGUAAGGAAGACUAUCGACGAUGAGUUUCCAACUGGCGAUAAGCCUUUUGUUUGGGCAUUUAAUCUACAAGUACCUAGCAAGGAUAAUUAUAGUGCUGUGGUGUAUUUUGUUGCCACAGAACCAAUCACGGAGGGAUCGUUGGUGGACCGGUUCUUGAGAGGGGAUGAUGGGUUCAGAAAUUCAAGACUCAAACUGAUUGCCAACAUUGUAAAAGGUCCCUGGAUUGUAAGAAAGGCAGUCGGGGAGCAGGCCGUAUGCAUUAUUGGUCGUGCCCUUACUUGUAGAUACUGUGUUGCAGAGAAUUUUUUUGAAGUAGAUGUGGAUAUUGGAUCAUCUGUGGUUGCAAGUGCAAUUGUUCAUCUAGCAUUUGGUUACAUCACGAUGCUGACUGUUGACUUAGCUUUUGUCAUCGAGGGUCAGACAGAGUCGGAGCUUCCAGAACGACUCUUAGGUGCUGUCAGAUUCUCUGAUCUAAACCCUGCUUCUGCGCAUUCCUUUGAGCCAUCAUCAGAUGAAACUGCUGGUAGUUUGCAUUCUUCAUUGCCGACGCGUUUGUGGAAAUCCAUUGGCCAGGGAUUUUCUCAAUUUCUCCAUCCAGGUGCUCAAGAGGAUGGUUCUACCAAUGGAUCGGCCCAUGUUAAUGGAACUUCCAAUCAUGAAGAAUGUCCUGAAGAUGUAAAGAAAUGAUGAAUAGGCUCCUGCUAGUCGAUCGUGCAUAAGUUGUCAGUAAGAAAAGCUUAAUCGGAGUGGCAAAGCGUCUAAUAUUCAUAGCAUCUGCUGCUCUAUCAUUUGAUUGAUGUGAUUAGUUGCAGUCUCUGAGCAGAGACUGUGGAGUUUAUGGCAUUGAAAGAGUAGUACAGUGAAUUCAUUGAUUGAUAGUUAUAAAACUGUUUCUGUGUAUAACUAAUGAAUACAUAUAUAUAUACGUAUACAUUUCAUUUAAAAACUAUGAGUUGAUUUAUUUGAUUUGGGUUCUGUUGUUA